GUUGGGCUAAAUCAGUGUUGAGAAAAAAUGGUUUUUCACUUAUUAACCACUGAAUCUUCACUGUUUGUGUGAUCUAUAUUAAAAGUGUGUGACAUUAAAUGUUUCGUUUUUCGGAGCAGUUGUGGUGUUUGGUUUGCAAAUGAUGUUUUCCGCUGAGAAAUGUGCGGAUCAGAGCACGGGUACUUCGGAGGGAGCCGAGCUUCUCGCCGGUGUCAGCGAAGGGCCGGGGAAGGAAGGAGUGCCUCCAGACGAAGUGGCUUCCGCAGUGGCUUCGAUGUCACAAGAGAUCGGGGAUAUCCUGAAGGAUGAGCUGGGCGACGCUGAUAGGGCUGAUCGGAUCGGCGCGGAGCUGGAGAACCUGAGCGCCGAGCUCGGGAUGCUGGCGGGGCUGGCAGACCACGAACCUCAGCAGGAUUUCCCGUCGCUCUUCGAGAUCGCAAUGAGCAACCACACCCACAGAGUGUCUGGCAGCGGGACCUCCUCGUCGUCCUCGUGGUCGGGCAGCGCGCGGCGCCCGGCGCGCCCGCAGCGCACCAAGCGGCGCCCCAUCGCCAAGGGGAAGGAGAUAUCCCGUCGCCGCAGCGCCGCCGCGCGUCGAGCCGCCUCGCUGCGCGUCCGUCGUGUCGAAGUCGUGUCGGACGCGUCGGACGUCGGCGCCGAGUCGGACGACUCCGAGGGGCAGUGGACCGAGCUCGAGGACGCCUGUUCAUCUGACUGUUCGUCGUCGAAACGAGUCGCUGAAGAGGCGGCGUGCAACGGCUACGAGGAGGAGGAACAGGCGGAACCGGAGCCUCCCGCCAUGGGUCAGUUCCUGCUGCCGUUGCUGAGCGCCGAGCCGGCGCCGGAGCCCGAGCGCGCGCUGCUCAUCCGCCACGAGGACAUCCUGCAGGCUGUCAGGCUGGCACCACUGCAUCUCCUGACAUCAAACGACGACGUUGUGCCGAACGACGCGCCUCUUGAGGAGGAGCCGAUCGAGCAGACCGACUCGUUGUCAGAGGAGUAUGACUAUGAGGAGCCGCCAGUCACGCCUGAAGAAGAGGCUGCUUUGCUGCACUACGUUUGCGAAGCAGAGCGGCUAGCAUGUUCUCAAGAGCCGGAGCAGUUCACCGCAGUGGAGGAGUGGCUGCUGGGGGUCUACCACGCGUGGUGCGAGAUCAGCGCGCUCAUGUACACGCUCAUAGGCGCCAACAUGAGUGUGGAGAUGGUUCGUGAGGACUGGGUGUACCGCGCGCGCUUCGGCUGCCACUGCCGCCUGUGUCUGUGCCUCGCCAACAACGCGGAGGCGCUGGCGCGGCUCCUGCGGCCGCUGCUCACGGCGCUAGCCAGAGGGAGCGAGACAAUACCAACGGCGGUGGCGCUCAUGCGCGCUCUGUCGCUCACGUCGGCCGCGGAGCCGUGUCGCUACGCCGCGUGGCAGCUCUCGCGGCUCAAGCGGCACGCGGUGCACGAGACAGGUAUACACGCUGUCUCUGUCUAACAGGGAGCGAGACAACGGCGGUGGCGCUCAUGCGCGCUCUGUCGCUCACGUCGGCCGCGGAGCCGUGUCGCUACGCCGCGUGGCAGCUCUCGCGGCUCAAGCGGCACGCGGUGCACGAGACAGGUAU